AUGGGUCUGCACUUUUAUCUCAAUAUUACCAGAGUUUUAGGAUACGUCAGGUUUCAUAUCCUCUUCAUGGCCAUCUUAGUGGAGACAGUUCAUUCGGUGAAAUAUAAGGAUUGUGAGGCCACUGUGUGUAGCAAGAGCGGUCUGAACAUAAGCUAUCCCUUUUAUGUUGCUGGAAAGGGGAAGGAACUUUGCGGCUACCCUGGCUUCGAGGUUAGCUGCAAAGGAAGGGAAACUAUGUAUGGCAACUUGUCCAUCCGAAGCAUCUCUUAUGAGAAGCGGUCCUUUCAGUUAGCCACUCAGAAUAUGAAUGACAGCGGUUGCUUUGUUCCUCAUCCCUUCCCCCAUAUUCGCUAUUAUCUCUUCCAAAACUCCAGUUCCCAAUAUUACCUAAAGUUCUUCUAUGGCUGCACUGAUACAUUUUCUACGGACUUGCCUCAAUCUCGGCUAAGUUGCACUUCCGAUCAAUUAAAUUUCACGUUUGUUGUCCUAACACGUGGGGUAAAAUGGCCAAUACAGAAGGAUGGAUUCUGUAAUUCAAGCGGUAGAAUACCGGUUGAACUGAAGGAGGGAAUCCCCAACCCAACCAUAAAUAGUGUUGAUUACAGGAAGCUCCUGAAGGAUGGGUUCACAUUGAACUGGACCUUGUCGACCAAUAAGAGGUGUACCGCGUGCAGACACAGUGGAGGCCGAUGUGGCAGAUCAAAUGACGAAGAAUUUGUUUGCUAUUGCUCCGAUGGUUCUAGUCGCAAAAAUUGUGAUGCUGGUGUCGGAAUUGGAGUCUCAGUCACUGCCCUGUGCCUAUUCAUCUAUAUGAUCUACUUGAGAAGGAAGUAUGCUUCUCUUAAAUUUCAUCUGAAGAACACUCCUUGCCCUUCCUCUGGUCUAGACAUGGAGGAAAGCAGUGUAUACUUUGAGGUCCCCAUUUUCACUAGUGGCGAACUUGAAGAAGCCACAAAUAAUUUUGCUUCUUCCAAUGAACUUGGAGAUGGAGGUUUCGGAACUGUUUACUACGGAAAACUUCGGGAUGGGAGGGAAGUAGCAGUGAAGCGCCUAUACGAGCACAGCUACCGCAGGGUAAAGCAAUUUAUAAAUGAAGUAGAAAUCCUAACCCGUUUACGGCACAAAAACCUCGUGUCUCUGUACGGUUGCACUUCUCGCCACAGCCGUGAACUUCUACUCGUCUAUGAGUACAUCUCGAAUGGCACAGUCGCUGAUCAUAUCCACAGCCAGCGAGCAAACUCAUCUCCUACAUUGCCAUGGCAAAUCCGUAUGAAUAUCGCCAUAGAGACUGCUACUGCCCUAACUUACCUCCAUGCUUCAGAAAUCAUCCACCGUGAUGUGAAAACUAAAAACAUUCUUCUCGAGGAGAAUUUUGGCGUUAAAGUUGCAGAUUUCGGGCUUUCAAGGCUAUUCCCCGAUGAUGUCUCUCAUAUCUCAACAGCUCCUCAAGGGACUCCAGGUUAUGUGGACCCCGAGUACCAUCAAUGCUUCCAGCUCACUGAUAAGAGUGAUGUUUAUAGCUUUGGAGUUGUUCUCAUCGAGCUUAUAUCAUCCAAGCCAGCUGUGGACAUAAGCAGAGAGAGACACGAGAUUUGUUUGGCCAAUUUUGCCAUAAACAAGAUCCGGAAAUGUGCACUUGGCGAGUUGAUUGACCCGACCCUAGGAUUUGAGUCAGAUAGUGAAAUUCGUAGGAUGACAACUUCAGUAGCAGAGCUGGCUUUCCAGUGCUUGCAGCGGGACAAGGAAAUAAGGCCUUCAAUGAAUGAGGUUUUGGAAGAACUGAAGGCUAUUGUGCGUUAUGAGAAUGCUGUGAACAAAUCUGUCGAUGCAGAUGAGGGUGAAGAUGCCCUUGUGCCAUCUCCGAUGAAUAAUGACAAAGUCCAGCUAUUGAAGAACAUGCGGUUGACUCAUUCUCCUGUUUCAGUAUGUCAAAAAUGGGCCAGCAGUGGUAGCAGUUGUUCUGCUCCCGUUGCUGAUGUUUAAAUUUUCCUCAUAGCUGUUUGUAAGAUUUAUUGCAGCAUGAGAACGCAAGUUGAGAUGUCACCAAUUUCAUUGCCUGGUCUUAAUAUGGAGGAAUGUAUGUGGUAAUA